AUGAAUUCACUCAAAUCAUCUGAAUCACAGUGCACAGAGAGAGGAUGCUUCUCUUCCCAAGGGUUCUUAUGGACUGCUGCUGGGAUCUCCGUCCUACUUCUCAGUGCCUGUUUUAUUACCAGAUGUGUUGUGACUUAUCACAUCUUUCAACUCUGCGAUGAGAAAAAUGUCCAGGAGUUCAUGGAAUUCAACUGCUCCAAUAAUGAUUCAGGUUCAGCCAAGCAUUGCUGUCCAUUGAGAUGGGUACAUUUUCAAUCUAGCUGCUACUUUUUUUCUACUAACACCAUGACCUGGUCAGAAAGUGUAAAAAACUGCUCAGACAUGAGAGCUCAUCUGGUGGUUAUCAACACACAGGAGGAACAGGAAUUCCUUUUCCAUGUGAAACCUAAAGAGAGAGAAUUUUUUAUUGGACUGACAAAACAGAAGGUUGAUGGUCAGUGGAAGUGGAUAGAUGGCACACCUUUCAUGAAGUCUCUGAGCUUCUGGGACUCAGGGGAGCCCAACAACAUAAUUGCACUGGAGGACUGUGCCUCCAUAAGAGACUCUAAAAACCCUAAGAAAAAUUGGAAUGAUAUACCCUGUUUCUUCAAUUUAUUUCGGAUUUGUGAAACGUCAGAAAAAAAUAUUUUGAACAAAGAAAAUCCUUUAAGAACAGAAGACAUAAAUUACAUGUAUGCAUGAACAGGAUCAAGAGUGUGAA